ACUCAAUCACUAGAAAACACCUAUAUAACACCCCCUCUCAAUUCACACUAAAGAAAAUCUCCAUUGCAGUAGGGCACAUCACACAACCACUCCUCCACUCCACAUCAAGAGCGAGAUGAUAAGCGGCGGCGACUUAUACAACGUGAUGUGCGCGAUGGUGCCGCUCUACUUCGCAAUGCUGGUGGCGUACGCGUCGGUGAGGUGGUGGAAGAUCUUCACGGCGGAGCAGUGCUCCGGGGUGAACCGGUUCGUGGCGGUGUUCGCGGUGCCGGUGCUGUCGUUCCACUUCAUCGCCCACAACAACCCUUACCAAAUGGACACCAAGUUCAUAUUGGCCGACACCCUCUCCAAAGCCCUCGUCCUCGCCUCGCUCUCCGCCUGGUGCUGCUUCUGCCGCCGCGGCCGCCUCGACUGGCUCAUCACGCUCUUCUCCGUCUCCACCCUGCCCAACACCUUGGUCAUGGGCAUCCCUUUGCUUAGAGCUAUGUAUGGAGACUUCACGCAGACCCUCAUGGUCCAGCUCGUCGUCCUCCAAUGCAUCAUCUGGUACACUCUACUGCUCUUCCUCUUCGAGUAUAGGGCAGCCAAGAUAUUAAUCCAAACCCAAUUUCCCGGUGAGACGGCGGCAGCCAUAACUAAAUUCCAAAUCGACAAUGACGUCAUAUCCCUCGACGGACGGGACCCGCUUUGCACCGACUCGGAGAUCGACGACAAUGGCCGCAUUCACGUCCGGAUCCGACGGUCCACGUCAUCCGCCGCCCCUUCCUCCUCCAUGGGCCUCACGCCUAGGGCAUCCAACCUCUCCAACGCCGAAAUCUUCUCCAUCAACACGCCCCACGAGUUCGGGUUCGGGCUCCGGCCCGUCAGCCCGCGGCUGUCGGGCUACGCCUCGUCGGACGCCUAUUCGCUGCAGCCGACUCCGAGAGCCUCCAAUUUCAACGAGUUCGACAUCUCUGCCAUCAGCCCACCACCGCCGGGGAAGGUCUUCCGCCAGCCGUCUCCGACGGUGAAGAUGGUCUGGGAGUCGCCGACGGAGGGGAAUGAAUUCAGCGCUGAUGUUUGCGAAAAAGAUCUUAGCUUCAGAGACUGCGGAAAGAUUGAAGUGCAGGAGGGAGCAGGAAUAUACGGUGCAACAACCAAUCAAGAGAUGCCACGUGCUCUGGUUAUGCUAAGACUAAUUUUGACUAUGGUUGGAAGGAAGCUUUCUCGUAAUCCAAAUACUUAUUCAAGUGUUUUAGGCCUUUUGUGGUCUCUAAUAUCUUUCAAAUGGAAUAUAGGGAUGCCAAGUUUGGUGAAAUACUCAAUCAAACUCAUUUCUGAUGCAGGGCUUGGGAUGGCCAUGUUCAGCUUAGGAUUGUUCAUGGCACUUCAGCCUCGGAUAAUAGCAUGUGGCACAAAAUUGGCUGCGAUAUCUAUGGCCAUCCGUUUCAUCGCCGGCCCGGCGGUGAUGUCCGCCGCCUCCGUCGUCGUCGGGCUCAGGGGCGUGCAUCUUCAUGCUGCCAUGGUUCAGGCAGCUCUGCCGCAGGGAAUUGUCCCAUUUGUAUUUGCACGAGAAUAUGGAUUACACCCAGACAUACUAAGUACUGGGGUCAUUUUUGGAAUGUUGGUCUCUUUGCCAGUUACUCUUCUAUAUUAUAUACUGCUGGGCUUGUGAAGAGAAACACAUGGUUUAAUUAUCUUUUUUCAUCUAACUAUGUAUGAACUUCAUCUAACUCUCAAUCUCAUAAAUGAUGUUCAGUUUAUACAUUA